UCAGUUUGCUUACAUUCAUGUUGCUACACAUGAUUAAGCAUUUGCUGAUUUUAUUUUAUUUCUUGUGUAUUCUUUUAUUUAAGUAAAAGUUCAAUAUAGUGAAUAGUCGUGUUAUGUAAUAGUUUCUUGUGCUACGUUUGAAUUGUUUUGCAUUUUCAUUUUUGUCAUGGUCACAUUAUUAUUUUUUUCUGCAGAAAAAACAAGGUCUCAAUCUUUCAUACUUUCCUUGCAUCUAACGUAUUCCUGUUGCACGUGCUUCUCGAGUCAAGGACGAGAAUCGACUUUGAACUACGUCAGGAACGUGUUGUGCUUCCUCUUUUUUUUUCUUCUUAUCAUCGAAAGCGAUUAAGCCAAAUCUAAAAAAUGAAAGUGACAAUGACGUUAUUCGCUUUAAUAUUGAUAUGUUUGAGCAUCGUUCAGAUCGAAUGUCGAUCUAAUAAUAAGAAAACGAAGCAAUUGUCGUUACAAAGUAAAGAAACCAAUCCAGUGAAUUUUAUAAGGUUGCUCGUAAUGAGACUUGUUUUUGGUGUAGCGACAUCGAUGGGAUUAGGUGAAAAUAUUUCUGGUGUUCUUGGAGGAAUAUUUGUACCUCCUGGCGCGGAAGAUUAUGCCGAUUAUGCCGACGAUGAUCUGAUCCCUGAUUUAUUCUAAUGAUUAUAUGAAUUUGAAAUAAUUUGUAUUUUAACUGAGGAUAUAUGUAUAAUACGUUUUUUAUUUAUUUAUUUAUUUACUUAUGUUUCUUAUUAGUUAGGGAUACAUGUAUGUGUAUGUAUUUUAUGAUUAACAUAGAUUUGACGACGGCAAAGAAAAUGAUUGCUGCGACCUAAAUGUUAGUUAACAAUUAAGGACAGCACGAUAUAUGCUGCUUCGUUUGAUCACGUAUGACAAAAGUACUAACGGUUCGCGCUACGCGCGUGCUAAUUACAUAUUAAAGUAGUAUUUAUGUUAUAACUUCGUAUAUCUAGCACACUAUGCGAGAAAUAUUUAUGUAUAUCUUUCAAUAAUGUUAAUGAUCGAGGAUAAG